CCGAAUUUAGUAAACUAACUAACUAGACGUAAUAUCAAAAUGGCGGAAGGAGGAGAAAAGAAAAACGAACCACCAUCAAACAGCUACUCAGAAUCAACAGUAGAAAAGUCUAAACACAUAGAUCGUCUGGUUUUGCUUCAUUUCUUCGUACUCUUCGUAUCGAGUUUCGCUUUGGGAUUAAUAUUUCUACAUUCAUCAUUGACUUUCUGGCGAAUGCAAUUUGAUGAAGAUGGCUUUUAUCACAGUUUGUUUGGAACAGAAAACCAAGGACARUAUUUACCAAAAGAUAACACGAUCAGCGUUGUGUCGUAUAAUGCUAAUUCAAGCUUCUCCUUGGUCAGAUAGUGGUAAUAAUAUAUUAUAAGGACAAGACUGCAAUAAACAAUCGUCAUAACAUAGUAGUAUUAAGUACGCAUCUACUAUGCCAUGGAGUGCACAACAGGACAUGUUUAUGAGACAACAAAGGAUGUUAUCAAAUAGAUAAAAAUCCAUGGACAAGCUCUUCAGUAGGAGAUGAUAUUCUCUAUGAGUCAAUUGUGGUUGUUUCUCAUGCUGUUGUAGAUGUUGUUAUUGAAAACUUAGAUGAACAAACUUAGCUAAUAAAAGUUAGAUCAAUAAUAAGUUAGUAAGGGGAAGUGUUAUGAAAAGUUUUAAAACAUUCUAAGUUCUAACUACAUUAUGAUAGAGUGAAGUCAAAAGCAAGUGAAAUACUAGAUUUUACACUCACACGCCUUAGCACUGCACUAUAAAUGGCAUUGUUUUCUUUUGCGUCUAUUUGACUAUCGCUCUUUAAUAGUCAAAUUUUGUUUCACAGGCUUUAUAAUGUCUUCUUUCUACAAAGAAAAUAAAUUUAAUAACACUAAAGAUAUCAAUAAUUAAUGAAUAAUAGAUAUAAUUGACAAAAACAAUGGCAAUAACAGCAGGAUAUCAUAUUUAUAAAUGACAACCCCUGUCUGUUUUUUAGGAAGAAUUCAGUGCAGACAGCAAUGUUAUUGUUGGUGUUAUCAUUGCCUUAUAAUAUAAAAUGCACCUCUUUCUUCAAAACCUUUCAGCAAUGCAUGUUUAAAUGAAGUGGAUAACAAUCCAGACAGUAAAAUAUACACAUUAAAAAAAACCCAGAUUUUAUCCAAUCUGAAAUGCAGAAAUUAUUCUUGCUUGGGACAACCAGUCAAACUAGUAUUCUUUUUUCUCUGCAUAUUCUAGCUCAGAUUGGAUAGAAUAGGCUUUUUUGCAUGAAACGGUCACAUGGUACUAAAUCCACCAUACUGAAUGGCAACCGAUUGGGUUGUUCAAAACAAAGAAACGACAAGCUUGAUGGGCUAUGUUCCUUUUGUUUUUUGAGGUUGCUUACAUUUUUUUGCCAUUUAUUUUGGCAGAUUUUGUAUCAUGUGAUUGUUUCAUGCAAAAAGGCCUAUUGAAUAGUAUUCUUCACAGAUCCUUUAACCUCGAAAGCAAGGUAUUAUUAACCUUAUUAGCAUUUUCAUGUAUGUGAGAUGACUAGUAAGCCUGUUUAUGGGUAAGUGAGAUACUAUGUCAACUAUCUCACUAUGCCUACUUAAAUUUCAAAUAAAUACAGGGAAUUAUGAAGGAGACUAUGAAAAUAGGCUGAUUUACACAAUGUGACUUGCAUCRGAAAUCUUUGCAUCGAGACUUCUYCAUUUUAAAGUUUGUCUGGCUUUUAUKCUUUCCUUUGAUCUGAGGGACGGAGCUUUUUUGUAAACCUUUCAKUCAUUAGCUGAUUWGUAUCAAGCUCCAGCCCAAWGCCAAAGWAAAACCUAAAUCCCAAUAAUUUCCCUUGAACAUUGAAGUCACAAUGCAAUGGUYUCUGCUGUAAUGUGUUCAUAGGAUUUUGAGCCACUGAAUUCAUAAGCUAAACACGUCUAGUUAGAGCCAAUAUUCACAYGGUUCAAUCAUAUCUUGUCUGUCAAGUCACAGACAUUCCAAAACUAGCACUAACUAGMAUUCCAAUUAGCACUAAUUCCAAAACCCAAGAGCAUCUUGUCCACAGAUGUCGAGUCUUUUAUUUAAUUCAUCAAGGUGUUCUCAGAGGGAUUUGACUAAUGACUAUAUUCUUGGCACUAAGCACAGUUAAAAUCCUGCAUAAUAUUUAGUCACAAGUUAACCACUAAACCUGCGAAAUGCGUAGUAGACUGCUAGUUGGCAGUAUCAUAUUUUUGUUGUUGUUUUCCUUUGUUUUUAUUGAGAUACAAUAGUAUUUAUAUGCCAACAUAUAGCCUUUCAGAUGUUAUGUGUAACUAACAGCUCUAGCAGGCAUCUAUUACCUGAAGGACUGUGAAUGGCACACCAUUAAUGGUUUUAGGCUAGUAAAAAGUUCCAUUUCUUGAUAAGAAAAAUAUUUCCCUGUCCAUUAGAUUCAUAAUAUAUAGAAAAGAAGGCACUGCACUCAUAAAUGCAUGAUAAAUGGAUAAUAGCUAGAUGUAUUUUGGACAGUAAAAUGUCAACUUUUCAUGGUCACAUAGGAAAUAAUAAUCUGUAAAUUAUUUGUAACAAAUUAUUAAUUGCCAAUAGCAAAUACAAAAUAAAAUGGCAUUGAUAAUAUAAUUAUAA